UACAUAGCAUGGCAGGUCCACGAGAAAGUUGAAGGACAAUAUGACUUUGAGGGGGGAAACGAUUUUGUUGACUUCACGCAGCUGGCAGGAUCUUUGGGGUUGCUGGUGAUUAUAAGAGCGGGUAAGGUAAACGAAAAUAGAGAAUAUUACAUGGCCGCGCAGGGAUACGAAUUUUAUCUUCGAGUGCUGAAAGUAUCUCUCACGAGUGAGCGAAGCGAACAAGUGAGAGAUACUUUCAGGACGAUAAGAUAAAAUUCGCAUCCCCAAGCGGCCACGUAAUAUUCUCUCUAUAUAAAUGUUCAUUGCUUUCAUUAGCUUCUGUAUCUUCCAUUAAAAAAAGAAGUCUUAUCAGAACCAUGUGACGCUCUCUCGUCAAAAUAGCGCCUGAGGGCACAAAUUGUCCGGGCACUAGUGUUCAAGCAUCAAGUGUAAACUGACGUAAAUAGCCAUAUGUGUUUCAUAGCCAUGAAUGUCUUCUUAUAGCCGUGCGUCGUCUCCGUGUGUGUUCUCUUAUAGCCAAGCGUGUUUUCUAAUAGCUAUGCGUGUCUUCUAAUUGCCUUGCGUGUUAUCUUACAACUAUACGUGUUCUCUUUGCAGGACCUUUUAUCGCAGCUGAGCGAGAUAUGGUAGGCGUGUAACAAAAAUAAAUAUAUUUUUCAAACACUUUAUUUGAACAUUCAAACUUUACGCUUUACUUCUAUUACGCAAUUGCAACAAUUAUUUUCAGGGUGGAUUUCCGCCUUGGUUAUUGAAGGACUACACUGCUAACUACAUGCCGCGAUUCAGAACAAUGAAAAACGCAGGUAAGGGGCCGCAAGUGCAUUUAUAAUUGAAUUUCAUGAGUGUAAUAAACUGUUUUGUUAUAUAGUUAGACAUUUUUCCCAACAGCGAGCGCUCUCAUUGGUUACUUCGAGAUCACAUAACAUCUAACAAUCAAACCGUUUCCCGCCCAAAUCUCUGAACGACAAAAUUGACCACUCCAGAAAUACCAUAACAAACCAUAAUGCUCUUUGUUUGUCACCCCAAAAUUUUGCAUUAGCAUUGUCUUCAGAUUCGGUUGGGAGUUAAAAUGGCCCCAAGGGAAACUUAAAACAAUGCUUAUGCAAAAUUUUGGGGUGACAAACAAAGAGCAUUAUGGUAUGUUAUGGUAUUUUCUAGAGUGGACAAUUACAAAAUCUAUGACGUCAGAGGGUAACAGUGCACUGUUACCCGCGAAUAUCGACGACCGCCGUUACAACGAGGUUUAUUUAAUAUAUUUAGCUUCAAAAUUAGAUUGGUCCCUCGGGAAACAGUAAAUUUUGUUUCCCUCGGUUCCGCCUCGGGAAACAUUGAGAUUAUAGUCUGUAAAUUAGUUAGUUUGGUCGAGCGCUAGCUCGGACAACAUGGAUUCUUGCUCGUCAGUCACUUUGGUCUAGCAUUGCCGUUCAGAGUUCUCCAAUGGUGGGGAACCCGGUGUCCUCAAGCAAAGUGUGUAUCGGGAAACAAAAGUCACUAUUUCCCUCGAGACCUGCAGUCAUUAGGUGUUUAAUGUAUAUAGAUUUAGCUAGGGCUAAAAGUGAAGCUCUCAAUAAUGUUUAUAGUUUGCUCAACAAAAUAUAAAAUCAUGUUAUGCUGAGCGGCGAAGGCAACGAGAACGGUGAAAAAACAACAAUUGGUCUAAUUAGCAAAAAAACAACUUUGCACGUGCAGCACACUGUUUUUGUACACUUCUUUGCCGAUUUUUAGCACGACUACAACUUGAAACUUCAAGAAACUUCCUAGUUAGACGUUUUAUGAAGGAUAUGUCGUACGUGUUCUUGUUCACUUUUUUUUUUUUCACUGCCGUUCAUUUGCGCCUUAGUGGCCGCCAGCAUUUCUUAUUUUCUCACCGCCGCUACAAAAUUUUUCAUAUUGGUUGUCCUUCCUCUCCUUUGUUUUUUAUCUCUCGCUCUAGCUCUCUGUCGCUCUUUUCCUGGUUGAGCUUCUCUGGCCUGUCUCUACUUUCUUUUUUCUCUGUCUUUCUCUUUCUCUAUAUUCCAAAUUUGUGAACGUGACAAUUAAUCUAAUACUCUACAAAACAUGGAUACAGAAACAAUUUCAGCUUUUCGUUUUCGUCUUUAUUAACUCUUCAGUUGUCUCUGCUUCACAAGAAGCGGGUGGCCUUGCGAUUUCCCGCCAAAUAAACACUAGUUGCAUUGAGGGUUGCCAUACCUGUUGAUUGAGUUGUUUUACGUUGAUAUGCCUAUGGUGCGGACGGACGGACGGUCGGGCGUUCGGUCACGUGAUUGCCAAAAUUUCUCAGAUGGGCAGAUUACCACAUUUUCUUAGGCAUGGGGCUAUGCUCGUGUAAGCUUCGCGCGUGCGUGGAGCUCCGCUAAUAAAUUCACAACACCCAACUUCCUGUGGUAAGAUCAGUACCUUACACAUGCGCACAGCCAUAUCACAUAUCACAUGAGCUUUCCCACUUUGGGAACAGGAAGGAAACUGAGCCUUAACUAACUCUCGCCAAGACUUGUGGGACUGCUACUACUAUUUUAUUUUAUUUUAUUUUAUUUUAUUUUAUUUUAUUUUAUUUUAUUUUAUUUUAUUUUAUUUUAUUUUAUUUUAUUUUAUUUUAUUUUAUUUUAUUUUAUUUUAUUUUAUUUUAUUUUAUUUUAUUUUAUUUUUUAUUCUAUUAGCUUCGCCAACAUAAUGUAACUGGCGAAGGGGCUGCCAAGGACAGCUGUUUUUGAUGGUUCACUUAUGACGCACUGGUCGUUCCGCGUUCAUUUUAGACUGUAACCAUUCAUUUAAGAGGCUUAAUUAAAUUGUAAAUGCCUUGUAUGGUUGAAGUAGACUUAGAUACGCUAGCUAGUUUACAGGCACUUUACAUAAAUCAUUUGAUAAGUAACACGAAAAUGUAAUAUAAAAGGAUUCAAACCCUCCAACCGGUAGGAGGCAACCAGCAACCAUACACAAACAUCAUGACCGGAUUUGAACUCGGGACGACCGAGGAACAAAUCGAGCUAGUGGUCAGAGCGGGACUGGAAAUCAGGACCGCUGGAUUGCAAGUUACUUGCUGACCAGUCGGCCAGGAUGGUUUAUAGCUGUAUCAGAACAAAUGAAAUCCUGUAUUUCAAUUAUCUAUAUUAGAUUAUUUUUUUGAGACCAUCAUAGUUGAAGAAGCCGGAGUUAUCAAAGAAGUCUUAAGAGUAGGGUCGAACGAAGUGCCGGAGAAAUCUCUGAUUUCAAAUGUUUAUUUUUCAAAGUGUUUUUCUCCAUUCUCCUUCCUCCUUGUUCUGACAACUAUACAACAGGUGUCGUUAUUUUCAAAUCACUUAAUAUAGUUGGAAUGCAUACCCUUCCAAUAACGUAAUCUUUUUCAUUGUUAUAACAUCAUAGCUUAUAUCGCUGCAGUGGACAGAUGGAUGGGAGUGCUCCUUCCAAAAAUAAAGCCUUUGAUCUAUUCUAAUGGAGGACCCGUUAUUACAGUUCAGGUGAGAAUCAACAACUGGAUACAUUAUGAUUUAAAGGUUACCUACCUACCUGCCUACCUACCUAAGGCUACCUACUACUAUAUUACCUUGCGUAACAGGCGCGUUAGAAGUGAUGUGGACGCAAGAAAGAACGGGACGCAGGAGGCACGCCCCUAAGACACGCGCUUGGAAGCAAUAUGUCUCCGUGGCGUGCCCCGUUCUUUCUCGUACCCAUAUUUCUUUCAAUCGCCUGUUACGCAGGCUACUCUGGGUGAACAUAUAUUUCUUCCUUGGUUAGUUACCGUGAUUGUUUCGUCAUUGCUUUCAGAGGAAAGAAUUAGGGAAAGCUGCUGCCCAAGACAUGUGUGUUGUUUUGUGUGUGUAUGAUGUGAUGUCGUGGAUUAGAGGCCAACAAGACGCGCCCUUUUUACAUUUUAAGGGCGCCAUUGGCAGCCGCUAUCAGUCCAUUUAUAAGUUUACUGUAACCGAUCCAUGCCCCAUGAUAUGAAUGAUGCGUUAUGCGUGAUGCGUGAUGCGUUAUGCUUGAAAGGUAGACCACACCAUUGGGGAAACUUUCCUGCUCUUUUUGAACAGUAGUGUGGGUCCUUUUACGUCCCCUUCGAUUUCACUAAUAACAGAAGGAUAAAGGAGACCAACCUUAACGUCACCGCCUAAUGACGCGGUCAUCUGAACUGAGACAAGGUCUCAAAUCACCGUCACCAGCUUUUUUUUUACACUCUGAUUUUUGUCCGGCCGGGAUUUGAACCUACGACCUCCCGAUCGGCUGACCGGAGCUCUCCCAACUGAGCUAACCUGGCGGCGGUUAGCCUCGGUAUGAUCCUAGCCUUGGUUCUAAAAAAAUCAAAGACAAACCCUAACAAGAGAACAACACAAUGCCUCUUCCUGGAUCAGUUCUUUCUUAAAGCAAGAGAAAAAACCCUCUGAAAGAGGUUGCGUAAAGAGACUAAACACAAAAGGCAGAAUAGCAAAAUCUGUGGCAACCAAAAUCUUCAAGGAAUUUGACUUUGAAAAUUGUUAUAUCUCAGUUACCAAUCCUUGUUUUUUGUCUUUAGGUAGAAAAUGAGUAUGGUAACGUGGAGCAGUGUGAUCAUCAGUACAUGGCUCACUUGAAAGAUCUCUUUUUAAAAUAUCUUGGGAACGAUGUCGUUCUCUUUACAAACAAUGCUUGUAAAGACAGUGCUUUCGAGUGCGGAACCCUGCAGGGGAUGUUGUCAACAGUGGACGGCGGCGGAGGUAAAAUAUCCAUAAAACGUUCUCCCAAACAAAGUAUUUUUUUUCCUUUCGCAGUGAUACAGCUGGUUCGUACUAAACCCCUUUCCGGGUUUUCGGUUCAUUUUAUCACCCAAUCUCUCCUGCGCAGUCUGUGGAGACGGGGUAGCCGCACCCUUAACGCAUUUAACUUCGCAUGCGUAGGCCCAUGUUUUAGCCUGCCUUAGAGUCGAUUCCUUAGGCAAGAAACUUUACUGUAGUUUGCCAGGUGUAUAAAUGGAUACCCGAAACAUACUACUAGGGUAACCCUCAAUAGACUACCAUCACAUCAAGGGAAGAUAGUAUUCGCGGUUUUUGGAAUUUCAGUGCGAUUAUCCCAACUCGCUCACUUUCUCAAACCACUAAACAUCCUGCAGCUGCAUACUGCUAGAACUGGAAUGUCGACUGACAUGUGCUUACGUGAUGAUAGAAGUUAGGUUGUACCCAGACGUUGUUUUAUUUUUCUUUUCGUUAUUUCGGAAAACAUCGGCGAGCGCUCUAGCGAAGCGAGCGAGCGAGAGCGAGCGCGGAGCACGAGAAAGAAAAAAUAUUUUUUCAGGCAGAGGCACCUAAGGCUGCUCGGAAGAAAAAAAUCCGACUACUCCCAAAUCGAGGAUAUCCUCGUAUAACAACUGUAGAUAUUCCCCGUAAGACUGCGUCUAUUUCAUAUUUGAACGCUGUUAUUUCAGGUUUGAUACUAGACAACAUGCAUCCCAUAGUCAUUGCAAUCUCACCCACUUUUUUUCACUCGCGUUAAUCGUUUUAUGUCCUUGCUUGAGUGCAAAGCUUUAAAAGUUAUCUUCUCUUACCACUAGUCAGAAAAUUUAACAGGAUGCUGGUAAACUCUGAAACUGUCAAAAUAAUUCCUUUAUUAUUAUUUUAGGAAAAAAGACAGUGGAGAAAUGCUUGAAAACCCAGCGUUCGUUUAAACCUAUGGGCCCCCUGGUUGACUCUGAAUUUUACCCAGGCUGGAUCGACCACUGGGGUAUGAAAUUCGAGCACCGAGACGCCGAGGUUAUCGCCAACGAUCUCGAUAUUUGGCUGAGCACCAACUACUCCGUAAAUGUCUACGUGUUUCAUGGCGGGACGAACUUUGGAUUCAUGAGUGGUAAUCUGUUCAAAUAUCAAAUCCCUCUAUAAGCACAAUAAACAGUGUGUUUUUUGAUGGCUUUAAUUAUCUAAAUACUGUGAAACCUCCCCUUAGGCAAAUGGGGCUGGCCCCUUACAGGUCGACUGAAUGUCUUGUGUAAGCGUGGAGUUAUUCCAGGUUUUGUCAAGUCGGCACUACCAUAAGCUUUCUACGACGAGGUCCAUUCAGAGAGCUUCGGUUGUAGUUGCUCUGUGUUAUUUAAUUUUGUCCAAAAUUUAGAACCACAUUGUACAACCCCGUUGGCACAUCAUAUAAAAAAGGCUUGUAAAAUGGAAAAGUUGACAAAAUUUUGCCAUGACAUGGUAAAAAAAAGACUUUAAAAUACUUCCCAUUUACAACACCAAAGAAAUCUAGCCAAUAGCGACGUACUCGUGACUUGGGUUUUUGGUAUUGAGCCUUGUGAUUGGCUAAAAGCUAUCCCACCAAUCAGAAGUUAAUCUAAAACAAUUACAUGUAAUUACUUUUAUUCAAAUGUAUAAUCGUGAUGAUUUCAGUGCAGAAACUGUCUUUGUCAGGUGCUAAUUUCAACCCUGGCAACGGCUAUGAGCCUCAGAUAACCAGCUACGACUAUGACGCCCCUAUCAGUGAAUCAGGAGAGCUUACAAAGAAGUACUUUGCUAUGAGGGAAGUGAUAUUAAAACAUCGGGGUCUACCUCCUCUACCUGUUCCUUUAUCCACACCGAAACAAAGCUAUGGAAACAUCUACAUGACCAAGGUAAAGACUUUAAUCUUUUCUUCAAGUGGGACAAAACAGAUUGUAUAGUUUGAAAAACAAAUGGUACCAAAUUAAAGUAGUACCGAUGAGGUUUGGAUUAAAGGGUCACUCACAUAUUAGUAAAUUCUAAAUUCUUCGAGGCAAAGAAACUCGUCUUCUGUUCACUCUGUUAUCAGGGACAAAAGAAAAAGGACUGAAAUACAAUAAUUAAUUCUACAUACCGUAAACCUCCGCCUACGAGCCUGGGGCUUACAUAACUUCGUCAGGAAGCUAUAUAGCAGUGACGAUCAAAAUACUUUUUGAAUUUACUGGCUUUUUUAAGCUUCAAAACGUUGUACAAUAUUGAACUCAUUUCAAUGCAAGCUACAGGGGGUCCUGCAUCCGGGGACUUAAAACUUGAUGAAUUGUUUGGUUUACAGGUAGAUGGGCCUAUAACUGGUGGGGAGGGUGGGCUCAUGAUUUGAGGGGUUAUAAGGGGAAGAUUACGGUUUUAUGAGUAAACUGUAUUCUUUUCGCAUUUUGAACGUAUUCGUCUCUUUGGGCUUACUUUCUGGUAACAAGUCCGCCUAAUAUUUUCCAAGGUGGCCUACUUAUUAGAUGUUGUCCACAGUCUUUCUCCUUUUGGACCAAUCAAAACCGUUCUUCCUAAGACAAUGGAAAGCGUUGGACAAAACUACGGUUUCUUACUGUACCGCACCCAGAUUCCUCAAAAGUUUGCAAAUACCAAUGUAGAACUGGAAAUUCUCGGACUACGAGAUCGCGGAAUUAUUCUGGUUGGCCAGGUAAGAGAGCUAUUUUUAUUUACGAUUUGUGACAGCUUGAAAGAGCUCUCACAUCAACCUCGUACAAUGGGUAGGAGAGAGCCCUAAGAACGAGGUUGCUCUCACAUCGCAUUUUGGAAACAAGAGGGAAACUGGGCCGAGUUAACUGACUUUCGAAAAGACUUCUGGGAUUGUUAUAAGGCCAAGGAAAAAUUUCGUCCAUUUCUGAGUUACCCAGAGCCUCUGUUUCAAAGCGAGGCUAAGUGCGAAGCCGUUGGUAUGAAAAUGAUGUUUUUAAUUCUUAUGCAAAUGAGACUCAUUUUCACAAGAAAGGUUUUGCAUCUAGCCUCGUUUUGAAAGGGAGUUUUGAGAACUCGAAAAUGGCCUGUUGGCCAAUAGGAGCCAACAGCUGAACGAUCAGAACGAUCCCGGAAACAAUUGCUCAACACAUUUCGGCUCCAGUUCUCCUCUCGUUUCUAAACUGUCGUUCACUGCAAAACAAUAUAAUAUGAACGUGAAAUUAUCAAAUUUAGGUUUUUGAGACAAACAUCAAUCCACCAGGAACAUUAAUUUAGAUUUCUCCACCCACAAAACUGCAACGGGAUAAGACUCACAUAACUAAAGUUUCAAGAUGGAAUUAAGGCACAGGCGGCAGCGAGAUUGUAACAAAAAAUUAAAUGAUAGUCAGUUUCUUUCACUGAAUUCAUUUUCAUUGUUUACUUUGAAUGUUUAUCUCGGUAAGGAAGAGAAAAAGAGGAAACAAAAGGUGACGAGAAAACGACAGUUUAUAGGUGGUUUCGUUUUGUGGUUUACAGCUUUAAUACGCCACAGCGGUGUGAAAUAGGUUCAAGCAGCAAGCUAAGAGCUGUAGAAUAUCCUCUUUACCUAUUUUUGUCUGAAAAAGAGAGGAAUUAGAUAUCCUUUUAAUAUUUAGAAGAUCUGCGCAAGCUUUACGGACGAAAUUAUUAUCUUUAGAGACCCUUUUGCUUUGUAGUACGUUAGCAAGUGAAACAAAAAAUAGUUUUUUAAUAAGUUGGGUAACAGUGAUCGGGAACCUCCAUAUUUAUCCUUCGAAGGAGGUCAUUAAAGGAGACGUGCAAGUUUGCAGAGGAUUUCAUUUAUUUCUUUUAAUGUUUUUGCCUUUACACAUAGGAACGCAAGGCUACUUUGAGUCGUGCAAGCUUCAAUAGAACGUCCUUCAACCUAGCAGACAAUCUAACACUGAACAUCCUGGUAGAGAAUCAAGGACAUAUAACAGGAGGCUCAGACAUGCAGGAUCCGAAAGGAAUCCUUGGAAAUGUGACCAUAAACAAGGAAAUUCUUGUCGACUGGGAAAUGUAUACAUUGGACCUACAUAGUUCUCAAGGGUGGAGUGAGGCUUUUAAGAACGAUAACACAGGGACAGCAAGUAACCUUUUGUCCGACGUACCCACGUUUUAUCUUGGCUUUUUCAAUAUAUCCUCCGAUGGUAACCCAGGAGAUACUUUUCUGAAGUUUCAAAAUUGGCAUAAGGUAAUAUGAGCUGGUAUGCUUCUUGAUUAUAUUUUCUUCUAUGCGCUCGAGCAGAGGAGACUUGUUUCCAUAGUGAUCGACUAAUGACCUUAACUUGAAGGCGCGCAUCCACAAGUGCAUCCACACUGGUUUCCAACUUUUUAUAUUUUAAUAAAAAAAACUUUCCAAGUUGACGUUUCCGACGAUAUGCAUGAUUAUUAAAGAAUAUUUUGUGGUACAGGUCUGUUAUGUGCAGAGUGACGUGCCUUAUUUACAUUUUUGAGUAUUAAGCAAACUCCAGAGACACUCGUGUGAUAAAGUUUGCCUUGCAGUUAUUUACAAAUGCGUAUACUACCGUGUACAACAUAAAAUACAGUUGGGGAAUCAGCACCUCCAGCAAGAAAUUUAAUUCUAGCUUUCAAAAACACUGCGCAAACAGAUAUAGUAAGUGGGUCGCUUCCAGUUUUGGCCACAAACUCGGUUCCCAGUUUAGACGCUUCCGUGCCUCUAAAAAUUAUAAUACAAUGAAUAUACAGUGUGUAGCCCGAUUGUUCCUUCGCGUGCCUUAUGUCGGAUCUUUGCUUAGAGAACCAGGCAUACACAGUAUGUAGCGAGCUUGUUCGUUCACGUGGCUUAUGUCGGAUCUUUGCACGAGGCAUACAAAGUGUGUAGCACGCUUGUUCCUUCGCGUGGCUUAUGUCGGAUCUUUGCUUAUAGAACGAGGCAUACACUGUGUGUAGUGCGCUUGUUCCUUCGCGUGGCUUAUGUCGGAUCUUUGCUUAAAGAACGAGGCAUACACAGUGUGUAGCGCGCUUGUUCCUUCGCGUGGCUUAUGUCGGAUCUUUGAUGACGGAAUGAUCCGUUUUUCCUUUAACAUUGGUUGUUCUGAAUCCAAAGUAAUUUUCAUGCGACGAAUAAAAAGCAAACAUGUCAAAUAAAAAUGCUUUACAGGGAGCAAACGUUCGCACCUCGUGUAUUUCACUCAGAACUCCAGCAACAAACACAGUCAACACACAGAAAAGCCCGCCUUGAGCCUGCGAUAAGGGAUGCGCAGAAGCUUGCGCAGAACGUUUUUCCGCCCUGAAUUUCCGAGUUACCCAGAGCUCUUCUGUUUCAUAGCGAGGCUAAGUGCGAAGCCGUUGGUAUGAAAAUGGUGUUUUUAAUUCUUAUGCCAACGAGACUCAUUUUCACAAGAAAGGUUUUGCAUCUAGCCUCGUUUUGAAAGGAAGUUUUGAGAACUCGUUGCCCAAUAGUCGCCGAUAGCUGAACGAUCAGAACGAUCGCAGAUGUGGAUGGUACUGAGAACACGUGAACGCCUCUUUUACGCUUUAUUUCAUCUUACUGUCGUUCACUGCAAAACAAUAUAAUAUGAACGUGAAAUUGUCGAAUUUAGGUUUUUGGAGACAAACAUCAAUCCACCAGAGACAUUAAUUUAGAUUUCUCCACCUACAAAACCGCAACGGGAUAAGACUCACAUAACUCAAGUUUCAAGAUGGAAUUAAGGCACAGGCGGCAACGAGAUUGUAACAAAAAAUUAAAUGAUAGUCAGUUUCUUUCACUGAAUUCGUUUUCAUUGUUUACUACGAAUGUUUAUCUCGGUAAGGAAGAGAAAUAGAGGGAACAAACAGUGACGAGAAAACGACGGUUUAUAGGUGGUUUCGUAUUGUGGUUUACAACUUGAAUACACAGUAACUUUCAAGGAGUUAUAAUAACUCCUCUAGUGGGGCUAAUUUAACCCCUCGCAGUGGAGUUAUUUUUGGGGGAGUUAUUUUAACUCCAAAAAUGAGUUUAAAGAACUCUUUUUCAGGAGUAAAAGUGACCCAAGAUAUUGAGAAGUUAAAAUAACCCCAAAAAAAGGAGUUAUCCUGUACGUAAAAUUUUUACUCUACUUUCAGAGUUAAAUUAACUCCAAAAAGAGUAAAAACAACCAAUGUAAGGAGUAAAAAUAACCCAGUUUCGGAGUUAUUUUAACUCCAGACUGGGAGUAAAAAGAACUCUUAUUCAGGAGUAAAAAUGACGGAGUUAAAUUAGGAGUUAAAGUAACCCCAAAAAGGGUUAUCCUGUACCUUAAAAUUUUUACUCCAUUUUUGGAGUUAUAAUAACUCCCUAAAAAUUACUGUGUACACCGCAGUGAGAAAUAGGUUCAAGCAGCGAGGAACACUGUGAGCUGUAGAAUAUCCUCUUUACCUAUUUUUGUCUGAAAAAGAGAGGAAUUAGAUAUCCAUUUAAUAUUUAGAAGAUCUGCGCAAGCUUUACUGACGAAAUUAUUAUCUUUAGAGGCCCUUUUGCUUUGUAGUACGUUAGCAAGGGAAACAAAAAAUAGUUUUUGAAUAAGUGGGAUAACAAUGAUCGGGAACCUCCCUAUUCAUCCUUCGAAGGAGGAGACAAGCAAGUUUGCAGAAGAUUUCAUUUAUUUCUUUUAAUGUUUUUGACUUUACACAUAGGAACGCAAGGCUACUUUGAGUCGUGCAAGCUUUAAUAAAACGUCCUUCAACCUAAGAGACAAUCUAACACUGACCAUCCUGGUAGAGAAUCAAGGACAUAUAACAGGAGGCUCAGACAUGCAGGAUCCGAAAGGAAUCCUUGGAAAUGUGACCAUAAACAAGGAAAUUCUUGUCGACUGGGAAAUGUAUACAUUGGACCUACAAAGUUCUCAAGGGUGGAGUGAGGCUUUUAAGAACGAUAACACAGGUACAGCAAGUAACCUUUUGUCCGACGUACCCACGUUUUAUCAUGGCUUUUUCAAUAUAUCCUCCGAUGGUAACCCAAGAGACACUUUUCUGAAGUUUCAAAAUUGGCAUAAGGUAAUAUACGCUGAUAUGCUUCUUGAUUAUAUUAGGGACUUUAAGAUCCAACGACGCGGACGGCAACGAGAACGUCAAAAAAACAAUUGGUUUAAUAAGCAAAACAACAACUUCGCACGUGCAUCACGCUUUUUUGUACAUUUCUUUCCUGUUUUUGCACGAAUACGACGUGAAAAUGCCUAAUUUGGCGUUUUAUGGAGGACGUAAAUAAGCAACGACGAAAUUUUAUUUCUCUUUCUGAGCUUAAAUUUGGUCCCUUGAAAUUCAGCUUCAGGAGGGUUCGCCUACAUUUGACAAAGUAAAAAGGGAGGAAUAAUCGCUGUUAAGAUUGAAGGAACGCAAAUUCACUUUUUAAGCGACGUUCUCGUCACCGUCGGGUCUUUAGAUCUUAAAGUCGCUAUUUUCUUCCAUGCGCGCGAGCAGAGGAGACUUGUUUCCAUAGUGAUCGACUGAUGACGUUAACUUGAAGGCGCGCAUCCACACUGGUUUCCAGCUUUUUACGCAGAUCGUAGUAAAUUUUUUUAAAUAGAAAAACUUUCCAAGUUGAAAUCAGGAAUAUAGUCUGGACACGCUUUGUUCCGUAUCCACUACAACACGGAAAUUGACCGUGAUGAAAUAAUCCGCCGAUUUGCAAGGCUUCAUCUGAGGAGAACGGAACUGGUCAAUAUCCUUUGUGAAUGACUCAAAAAAUACGGGGAAGGGGACUUUAGGGAGUUAAAAUCCCCAAAAAAACUUAAGGAGCAGCUCUCGGACCCCCUCAAAAGCUUGCGCCUUAGGCGCUCGUUUAGAAAAUCGGUCAGUAUUAACCCUGGAUCCGCGCCUUGACAGACUCAGUUGAUAUGAUUGGCUGCUAUUUUGGUGCCUUAUGUGAUAUUAUUCAAUACUCAGUAUUUUAUUAAGAAUUAGACGUUUUCAUGAUUAAUAUCGACACAGAGAACAGCUGCAUAGGAAACUAGGUCUAUUUAAUAUCUCAGCGAACCACAAUUGCCCAGGCCAACAUUGUAAACCGGGUCACUUCUGAUAUUUUGUCAUUUUAGGGUCAGCUGUAUGUCAAUGGCUUUAAUCUGGGUCGUUACUGGCCCGUGAAGGGUCCUCAGCAGACACUUUACGUCCCUGGCUCACUGUUGUCUGCUGGAAGGCCAAAUGAAGUGAUUCUCUUGGAGCUGGACAGUGCACCCUGUACGGUCCAUGAAAGCUGUUUUGUGCAAAGCGUUUCAACGCCCAUCCUGGACGGACCCGUGGAUGGGAGCCCUCCUAAGCGGGCGUGAAUUUGAAGGCGAUUUUUCCACAGCAAAUUGGAAGCCAUAAUAAUAUUAUUAUUAAUAACAAUAACAACAAUAAUUAUUAUAAGAAGAAGAAGGAUAAUAGUAAUUGCGAUGAUGAUGAUGAUGAUGAUGAUACCUUAAUUAUAGUCUCAAUUUAG